UAAGGGACUUGCCGUGGAUAUCAAGUUAGAAUCAGUCUUAUUUCUAUUUUAUAUAUAACGAUGUAUUUUCGUGGAUUUAUACUUUGCCUAUGGACUUUAGCAGUAAGUGCUCUUCACACAAGAGAAGUAUUCAGCGAUGAUCAAGUGGGUACCAGCCCCGUCAUACAACAACUAGUUGGGCGCAUGAGCGUUCUAGAAUCACGAGACCGGAAGCAGCAACAAAAAAUCGACCUGCUGGAAGAGGAAAUAGUUCAACUUAAGAAAAAUGAGGCUGAAAAAGAUAAGCUGAUACUUGAACUCACGACUUCAGCCCAGAAAUACGAGACAGAAACCAGAGAUAAUGUUUUAAGGAAGCGAGAGUUUAGCAACGAGAUAACCGUUGCAUUUUUUGCCGGGCUAACGCACUCGAUUCAACAUGCGGGCGAAAAUCAGAAUGUCGUUUUUGACCAUGUAGAGACCAAUGAAGGUAACGGAUAUAAUCCUCAUCAUGGCGUCUUUUCUGCUCCAGUGGCGGGAAUUUAUGUGUUCACCACGUCAAUUAUGACGAUAUCUGGUCGUAAAAUAUGUGAAGUUGUUGUGAAUGGAGUUCGUAAGGCACAAGUGUAUACACACGGAGACGGUCAUUAUGAUCACGGCGCACAGACAGUGAUUGUCAACCUUAAGAAAGGUGAUGAUGUUGCUAUACAAAUAGUUGAACAUAACCUUGAUAAUACAAUACAUGGAGAAUCUCCACCGUACACGACGUUUUCCGGUUUUCUCCUACAGCAAGACUUCUCUGGUCCCAUCGUCGGCAAAUAAUGUUUCAAAGAUUAUAUCUAUAAAAAGAUAAUAAAGCUCAAAACUUAAA